UUUUACAGGUUCUUUUUGUAAUUUUGAGUAAGCUUCCAGGAGACUAUGAAAGAUUAUGAUGAACUUCUCAAAUACUAUGAAUUAUAUGAAACUAUUGGAACAGGUGGUUUUGCAAAGGUCAAACUUGCCUGCCAUAUCCUCACUGGAGAAAUGGUCGCUAUAAAAAUCAUGGAUAAAAAUGCACUAGGGAGCGAUUUGCCCCGCGUCAAAACGGAGAUCGAUGCCUUGAAGAACCUGAGACAUCAGCAUGUAUGUCAACUCUACCAUGUGCUAGAGACAGCGGACAAAAUAUUCAUGGUUCUUGAGUACUGCCCUGGAGGAGAGCUGUUUGACUACAUCAUCUCCCAGGAUCGCCUGUCGGAGGAGGAGACCCGAGUCGUCUUCCGGCAGAUAGUGGCUGCGGUUGCUUACGUACACAGCCAGGGCUAUGCUCACAGGGACCUCAAACCAGAAAAUUUGUUGUUUGAUGAAUAUCAUAAAUUAAAGCUGAUUGACUUUGGUCUCUGUGCGAAACCCAAGGCAGAUGUUUGGAGCAUGGGCAUACUCUUAUAUGUACUUAUGUGUGGCUUUCUACCAUUUGAUGAUGAUAAUGUCAUGGUUUUGUACAAGAAGAUUAUGAGAGGGAAAUAUGAGGUUCCUAAGUGGCUCUCUCCCAGUAGCACUCUGCUUCUUCAACAAAUGCUACAGGUGGACCCAAAGAAACGGAUUUCUGUGAAAAAUUUGUUGAGCCAUCCCUGGAUCAUGCAAGAUUACAACUGUCCUGUUGAGUGGCAAAGCAAGACUCCUUGGCAAUAUGAUCACCUCACAGCUACCUAUCUUCUGCUUCAAGCCAAGAAGGCUCGGGGAAAACCAGUUCGUCUAAGGCUUCCUUCUUUUUCCUGUGGACAAGUCAGCGCUACCCCCUUCACAAACAUCAAGUCAAAGAAUCUGAGUCUAGAAGAUGUCACCACAGGUGAUGAAAAUGAUGUGGCUGGAUUAAUAGACCAGGAAUGGUGUGCAGACAAUUCAUCAACAGGUGUGACUACUCCCCAAACACCACAGUUUGCCAAGCAUUGGACAGAAUCAAAUGGUCUGGAAUCUAAAUCAUUAACUCCAGUAUUAUGCAGAGCAUCUGCCAAUAAAUUAAAGAACAAAGAGAAUGUAUAUACUCCUAAGGCUGCUGUAAAGAAUGAAGAGUGCUUUGUAUUUCGUGAGCCAAAGACUCCAGUUAAUAAGAACCAGCAUAAAAGAGAAAUCCUCGCUACACCAAAUCGUUUCUCUACACCCUCAAAAGCUAGAAACCAGUGCCUGAAGGAAACUCCAAUUAAAAUGCCAGUAAAUUCAGCGGGAACAGAGAUGUUAAUGACAGGUGUCAUUAGCCCUGAGAGGCGGUGUCGCUCAGUGGAAAUGGAUCUCAACCAAGCACAUGUAGAGGAAACUCCAAAAAGAAAAGGAACCAGAGUGUUUGGGAGCCUUGAGAGGGGGUUGGAUAAGGUGAUCACGGUGCUCACCAGGAGCAAAAGGAGGGGCUCGGCCAAAGACGGGCCAAGACGACUGAAGCUGCACUAUAAUGUGACUACAAGCAGAUUAGUGAAUCCAGAUCAACUCUUGAAUGAGAUAAUGUCUGUUCUUCCAAAGAAGCAUGUUGACUUCGUACAAAAGGGCUAUACACUGAAGUGUCAAACACAGUCAGAUUUUGGCAAAGUGACAAUGCAGUUUGAACUAGAAGUGUGCCAACUUCAAAAACCCGACGUGGUGGGUAUCAGGAGGCAGCGGCUCAAGGGUGAUGCCUGGGUUUACAAGAGAUUAGUGGAAGACAUCCUGUCCAGCUGCAAGGUAUAACUGAUUGCUGGCUUCCAUCCUGCGGUAUGAGUAUGGGUGUGAUACAGCCUAUGUGGAGACUGGGGUGAUUGGUCCAUUGGAACUACAAACUCAUUUCUAAAGAGCUAUCUUAAAGACCAAUAUCUUUUUGUUUUCAAACAAAAGAUAUCAUUUUGUGGGUGAAUCUAAGGCAAGCCCAUCUGUCAUUAUCUGUUAUCAUCUUUUUUAAUCAUAUGGCUUUGUAUAUUAAUAACUGUUGCCUUUCCUAGAUUCAGUUCCAUAUGUGAAUGUACGCUCUUAACUAUGUCUCCUUUUAAUGUGUAAUUUCUUUCUGAAAUAAAACCAUUUGUGAAUAUA